CCCUGGAACGGGAGGAGGAAGAGGAAGAGGAGGACGAGCCGGAGGAGGAGCAGGAGGAGGAGGAAGCAGCUCCGCGGCCUCUCCUUCCCGCCUCACACCCGGCUCGCUCCCGCUGCAGGCCCCGCAGCAGCCAUUUGGAGGCCGCGGCGGGGAGGCCGCGGAGCUUUCGCCGCCACCCCCCGCCCCCGUCGCUGGGAGCCCCCCAAAGACACCCGCAGGGACGCCAUGUCCGCGGGGGGAGCGCCCCAGCCGGCACAUGCCCUGAACCUGCUGCCGUACCCACGGCUGAGUGAGGCACCCAGAGCUGGCCACCAGCUGGAUGCCAGCGAGAUCCCCACCGACCCCUGCACAGCCUACAGGUUCUUCAAGCCUGGGGGGCUCUUUGGCAUCAAGCCUCCGGACGAGCCUUAUGGAGACACGCGGCCGAUGCAGGAGGAGAGCAAGAGCCUGGCUGGAGCCUGUGCCAGUGGGUGCCAGGUGGAGCCUGGACGGGUGAACAAAGUGGAGCAGCCUGAGGAGAAGCCUGUGGUGACUGCUGGCUCUUUGGAGCUCUACCCCACAGCCACCCCCAGCAGCUCCAGCCGAUGGUUCCACGGAGGGCAGCGCGUGCCAGAGCGGGCAGGCACCGAGAGAGAUGCCAACACUGGCAGUGCCCUCAGCCCUCUGCCCACCCGGGUGGGCUGCUGGGCACCCCAGGUUGGCAAUGGCCCAUUCCGGUGCUCCCAGUGUGGCAAGGGGUUCCGACAGAAGCAGAGCCUGAUCACCCAUGAGCGCAUCCACACUGGGGAGAAGCCCUACCGCUGCGGCGACUGCGGCAAGAGCUUCAGCCAGCGCCCCAACCUGCUGACCCACCGGCGGGUGCACACUGGCGAGCGCCCCUUCCCCUGCACCCAGUGCGGCAAAAGCUUCAGCCAGAAAGCUAACCUCUUGGCACACCAACGUAUCCACGCUGCCGGGCAGAAGACACUGGGCGAGCAGGAAGAUGGCACCAAGCCCAAGCUGCGAGCGCCACGCACGUACCAGGAGGACACCCCCUUUGUGUGCCCUGAGUGUGGCAAAAGCUUCCGGCAGAAGCCCAACCUGAUCACGCACCGGCGCAUCCACACCGGCGAGCGCCCUUUCACCUGCUUCCUCUGCGGCCGCAGCUUCAACCAGAAGACUAACCUGGUCACCCACUACCGUGUGCACACUGGUGAGCGCCCCUUUGCCUGUGCUCAGUGCGGCAAACGCUUCACCCAGAAAACCAACCUGGUCACCCACCAGAGCACCCACACUGACCUGCGGCCCUUCCCCUGCGCCCAGUGCCAGAAGUGCUUCAAGGACAAGGUGUCCCUCAAAGCCCACCAGAAGACCCAUGCCCCACGCCAGCGGCGCUGCCCUGGUCGCAGCCCAGCUAUCUGCCUGCCCUAUGGCGCUGCCCCCACCUUGCUGCAGCCUGCAGGGGCUGAGGGUGAGACCCACUUCACCCCCAUGCCACCGCUGCCCGGCCAGAAGCUCGCUGAGGGUCAGGAGCUGUACCCAUGUGCCGCUGAGAAGAGCUUUGCCUCCAAGGAGCCCCUGUUGCCCCCCCAGCCACCCACACUGGGUGAGCAGAGCUUCCCCUGUGCCCAGUGCACUGAGGGUUUCUGCCAGAAGGUGGCCCUGCUCCGGCCACCACACCCUGAGGCUGCUGGUGGCUGCACUGCAGCCUUCAGCCACGGCCCUCACCACCUCCUGGGGCACCUCGGGGUGCAGCCUGGCCUGGGCGAUGCCACCACCCCAGCUCCCCCUGUGCCUGGGGCUGAGAAGCCCUUCAUCUGCAACCAGUGUGGCAACAGCUUUGGCCUCUGGCUAGCACUGGUGGCUCACCAGAAGAGUCACGGUGGGCAGAAGCCCUAUGGCUGCCCUGAGCACGAGAAGAGCUCUGGUGAGGAUGAGGAGCUGUCCCCUAAGGAAGACCCUGAGAAGCUGAUAGAUGGCAGGGCCUGGCUGUGCCCCGACUGCGGGAGAAGCUUCGCCCAAUAUGAGCGACUGGUGAAGCACCGGCAGAACCACCGUGGCCGUGGGCCCUACCGCUGCGAUGUCUGCGGCAAGAGGUUCAGCCUGAAGACCAACCUGGUGACUCACCAGCGCAUCCACACCGGCGAGCGUCCCUUCACCUGCGGCGUCUGUGGCCGCCGCUUCAACCAGAAGGGCAACCUGGUCACCCACUACCGCACCCACACCGGUGAGCGCCCCUUUGCCUGCACCCAGUGUGGCAAACGCUUUGCCCAGAAACCAAAUCUCUUGGCACACCAGAAAACCCACAGCGGGCGCCAGCCUUUCUCCUGCCUCGAGUGCCCCAAGCGCUUCAAGAGCAAGCUGUCACUGCGGGUGCACCAGCGCAUCCAUGCGCCAGAGAGGCCACCAGGCCACCAGCACCCUGCCACUGCCACUACCGGGCACCCUGCCAGUCCCUACCCUUGUGGUGCGGAGCCUGGUGAAGAGCCUGGAGAGCUGCAGCAGCACCAGCAGGGUGUGGGUGGUGUUGGUGGUGGUGUUGAGGGGGUUGGUGGUACUGGUGGUGCUGGGGUUGGUGGUGCCAGUGGUGGUGUUGAUGGUGCUGGUGGUGGGGUUGGUGGUUGUGGUGUUGGCAGUGGUGUGGCUGUUGGUGGUGCUGGCGUGGCUGUUGGCAGUUCCGGCGUUGGUGUUGGCAGUGCUGGGGUGGGUGUUGGUGGUGCUGGUGUUGGCAGUGGUGUUGGUGUUGCUGGGGUUUGUGGUGGCGUUGGGGUUGGAGUUGGCAGUGCUGGGGUGGGUGUUGGUAGUGCUGGGGUUGGGGUUAGCAGUGCUGGUGUUGGCAGCGGGGUUGGUGUUGGCGGUGCUGGUGUUGGCAGUGGGGUUGGUGUUGGUGGUGCUGGUGUUGGCAGUGGAGUUGGUGUUGGCAGCACUGGGGUUGGUGGUGGAGUUGGUGUUGGCAGCGCUGGGGUUGGUGGUGGAGUUGGCGUUGGCAGUGCUGGGGUUGGUGGUGGAGUUGGCGUUGGCAGUACUGGGGUUGGCGGUGGAGUUGGUGUUGGCAGUGCUGGUGUUGGUGGUGGGGUUGGCAUUGGCAGUGCUGGGGUUGCCAGUGGGGUUGGUGUUGGCGGUGCUGGGGUUUGUGGUGCUGUUGUCAGUGGAGCUGGUGGUGGGGUGGUUGGUGGAGUUGGCGGUGAGCGGCCGCACGCCUGCAGCGAGUGUGGCAAGAGGUUCCGGCAGAAGGUGAACCUGGCAGUGCACCAGCGGACCCACACCGGCGAACGUCCCUUUCGCUGCCCUGACUGUGACAAGGGCUUCAGCCAGAAAGCUCACCUGCUGCGCCACCGCCGCACGCACCCUGGCGCCAUCACCGUGCCCGCCUGCUGCCAGGCCGCCUGCCCUGCGCACCGCCAAGAGCCGGGCAGCAGCGGAGUGCCCCUAUGCAAAGGCUCGGAGCCCCAUGCCAUGCUGCUGCCGCCCUGCUCCCGCGCAGCUCCCCAUGGCUCUCAGCCCCCGCCCCGUGCCGACAGCCCCUCAGGUGCCGCCGACAUCCUGCUGCAGCUGAUGCAGGAGGAGCAGCACUUGGCACCAGGCGCCCAGCACCCUCACGAUGGGCCUGGGGGGCACUGUGCCCCCUGCAAAUGUGGUGAGGGUGGGGAGGGUUUGAGCCCAAAGCCCCCAACACUGCCCCCACCGUGCUGCUGCGCUGACUGCUUGGGCCAGCGGCAGCUGCUGCCCAAGCCACAGCCUGGCACUGAUCUCUGGGGCAAGUAUGGGGCCUGUGGGCGAAGCUUUGAGGAGAAGCGGGGGCUGCGGCUGCCUGAGCGGGCACAUGGUGACCAGAAGCCCCCACCCUGCCCCAGCUGCCUGUGAUGCUGGCACCACUGCCCAAACCCUGCCGGGCACCACGGGCACCACGGCUCUUGCACUAGAAGGCACCAAACCCAAAGCGCCAGCGCAUGUCGAGGCCAGUUGCCCACCAAAGCCGGACAGUGCCCAGGGGAGGCCCCGUGAUGGCAGUACCAGGGCUUUGGGAAGCACAGGCUCGCGUGCAGUGAAGCCGGACUGGGCUGUGCCACCAGAGCUGCCAUCCACAGCUGGAGAGGGACAGAGCCGCAAAGCCACAACAGGAUCCACAACAGGAGUGGGAAGAGUUCAGGAUCUGGUGGCUUCCAAACCAGUCCUGGGCCCAGGAGCUCAGGAUCUGGAAUCUGGUGGCUCCCAGGCCCCUCCUGUGGUGGGCAGUGGCACAGCCAGAGACAGCCAUGGGCGCAGUCUGCCCCCAGAGCCUCCCUCCAGGCUGCACCUCGCUUCACAAGGACGAUUUAGGAUGGAAACCUGAGGGAGGGGGGACAGACUGUGCCAGGAGCCGUCCUGCUGCGGAGGAGCCCCCACUGCCAGGGGUGUGGUAGGAUCCAGCCUGCUCUGGGCACGCACCGGGAACUCCCCGGGCAAAGCGGCCGGGGGGAGCUCUGCUUCCAAAAGGGCUCCGGGAGAAGCCCCUGGGAGGGCAGAGGGGGC